AAAAACAUUGUGCAUGGCUCAAAUGUCCAAUUCUUCGCCUUGAGUGUGGUUGUCCAGAUUUCUUGGAUUCAGCACGAGUCUCAGCUUCAAGUAUUGCGAAAGGAGUUCUCAAAUGCUCAGGAAUUCUCAACAUAUAUCCCCGCAAAAUACAAUUAUAUAUAUAAUAUAUCUUCAUAUCCAAAUACAUGCAUUGUUUUCAUAUCCAAAGACAAUUCUCUCUCUCUCUCUCGCUUUCUUUGACCCAGUGCCAAAGAGCAUGCUGCGUGUGACCGCCCGGCGGCUUGCACGUCGAGUAGGUCCAGCUGGUGCCUGCAGCUUUAGCUCCAAUGUCGCCAUGGGCCAAAACUUCUACGCGGUGCUUUGCAUCUCCCAGAGCGCAAACGUGGAUGAGAUCCGACAAGCUUUUAAGAGAAGAGCACUGGAGGUGCACCCAGAUAAGGGCGGCAGCAAGGAGUCCUUCCACCGCGUGUACCAAGCAUUUGAGACCUUGGCAGAUGCCGAACGUCGCCAAAGCUAUGACAUCCGGCUUUGUAGCUCCGAAGACAAACUUGCAAGAGUGGCACAGAAGGCAAAGUCAACAGAGACUGCAAUGGCGCCGAAAUCGAAGUCAAAACGGAGGCCAAGCAAGGGACCUGCAAAGGUCGCUCCGAAAGCUCGACCUGUAAAAAGUUCCAAAACAGUCAGGAAGUCCUGUCAGCUCUCGAGAAUCUGGAAGCUCUUGGAAGACCUUUCACGGGAAAAGCGCUUCGAGGUCAUUCGUUCUUGCUUCUCACAGCAGCAGCGGAUAUUGCUGGAGAAGUGGAUGAUGGACAAAGCCUCGCAGACCGCAUCUGCGAAUGAACCGGAGAACAGCAACAUACAACCUCAGUCUGAAGAAACUGAGUUUGGAGAUGAGAAGCUGAUUCCCCCGGGCACCGACUCAAGGGAGAUCAAGACCGGAAGAUGUGAAAACCUAGGGGACCCGCUCAGACUGGCUGGAGUUGCUCAAGCAUUGGAAGGGCCAUGUGAAGCCUCAUUUAGCCAUGCCGAAUCAAAGGAAGCACCCCGAUUGGCAAUUCAGGACAUCCCAGCCACACGGAGGAAGAGAGGUGGCCAAAACAUUCGCUGCGUUCACUCAUUUACAGCCAAGAAUGGUAGCACCUACUACUAUGCGACAUCCAGCUUUCUAUGUGUGCGUAUGCAGACAACAACAUGUUGUGAUUUGCCCACGGCCCUGGAAUUCGUGGUUGUACUGGCCGCUGUUAAGGAGCGGGUGUUGCGAAGACCAGACUGCAACUUACUGGAUCGAAUUCAAGUAGCGUUGGAGGAAUCUCUUCGUGAACAUGGUAAGACCCAGGAGCAGAACCUUGGCAUCACUGCUUUAUACUUGGCGAGAAUAAAGUUCAGAAGUUUCAUGUUUAAGUGCAAACUCCCCCCGUAGGCUUUCUUUGUGCAGUAAUUUGUGCAGCACAGAGGGAACUGAAUGAGAGGCUUGAGCAUGCUUGAGCGCUUCGAUGCCCUUCAGAAACUUGUGUUUGCAUUGUAUAUGGGCUGCAUUAUUAGAGAGCUAAGGAUGGGCUUGCGUUUUUUCAUUGUAUUAUGGAACACUUUUUGGUUUGGCCGAAGACAAGUGGUCUCUCCCUGCUUUCGAAAAAUCAGUGACUUUGAAGAGUUGAGUAUGUCUCAGACGCUUGCUGCUCCAGAAUCAAGAAACUAACAUAGAGUUCUCAUUCCUUCACUCCUCCAGAAAGGUUAGGUUUGCUUCGUCGCGAAAGGUCCAGACCCCUGAAGCUCCAUCAAGUCGAGUAAAUCCAUAGGCGGAUGCGGCAGACGCCAGCAUCUCGGAUGUGUUUUUUUGUUCCAAGGCGAUUUGGUUGAAGCGCACAAUCGCUUGAGCGAACUCAGUCUUGUGAACCGCAAGGGUGGAAGGAACCGGAUCUUUGCCUUGUGUGAAGAGCAAUGGGACAAGUCAGGCGUGCUGCUGUGGAAACAGUUCACGGAUGUUUUUAGAAGCAUUUGUGCAACAAGCAAGACUCCUCGGGCCCACAAAACAAUGGCGAAGCUUUUGCGCAUCCACUCUGCCAACUCCGAAUAUCGUGCCAAAUGCUUUUCUGUCUCCAGGCCAGCUUUACCUGUUUUUUUUUGCAGCACACGUACUGAUGCAAUUUGAUCAAACAGUUGGUGCAUCAUGUUGCAAUUGUAGUUGGGCCCCCUGAUGGGACGGGAGCUGCCAUCAAAUUGAAAGCGUUGAAGACAUUGUGGCCUUUUGAGUUCAACGCCGUUGGAUGCCUCCCAGCUGAGGUUUGGGAAAAUUGGCGCAUGUCACUUGAGGAUGGACAUGACCAGAGGCAGCUAAACGGAGCCCACCGGCGAGAGCGCAUGGGAAUGCGGAGAGAGUUGAAGGCCAUGAGAAAUGAAGACUGUCUCCGGAGAUCAAAGCGGCAAUUGAACCGUCAGGAACGUGAGCAGCGCUGCCUCACUCGGUUGCAUCAACUCGUCCGGCAGUGGCAAAGGCUGUUGGACGCUGCCGCACGCCGCGAAGAUGCUCGAGAGCGGCGCAGUGCGUUGCGGCAGAAUCGUGGGAGGCGACCAAAGGAGACACCUCCACGACACGUGG